AUGAAAAACAGUCAGUCACGAAUCCAAGAGAUCAAUAAUAAAAUAAAAGAAUCCUGUGAGUUAGGAAAUAAUCUUAAGAUAGAAUACACAAAACAUGUUUGCAUGCAGUACACUAAUCAAGCGGAAAGCUUCUUGACCGAAAUCAAUAGUAACAAAAACCACAUCAUAAAAAUCAUCGAGCAACAUAAAUCAUAUAAUAUUCGUAAUAGGAGAGGACUAAUUAAUAUGGUAGGAGGCGUGGCUAACGUACUAUUUGGUGUAUGCGACGACAAUGACGCUAAAUAUUUUCACGACAAAAUCAAGGAACUCGAAAGCUCUAAAUCACAACUUUUCCAAAUAACUGAAACGCAAACUCAAAUUAUGAAAUCAAUGUUAACAAAUGUAAAUUCAUCAUUAAUCGAAUUAGAAAUAAAACAGGGAUAUCUGGUAGACGGGUACAAUCAUUUAUUACAUAAAACAGACGUGGGAGAAAUGGAUGUAGGUAUUCUAAAAUUCCAAAAUGCAUUGACGGAACGCAUAGCACUGUUAAAUGUAAUUUUAAACCAGUACGCUUACGAAACAGAAAAUUUGAUUAGUAUCUUUAAUUCAGCACUUUUAGGUCAUAUUCAUCCAAGUCUAUUAGACGCAAAUGAAUUCAACCAACAAUUAAAAAAAAAAUAA